AUGCUUAUCAAAGACCCAUGGUCGUAUUUUUCAACCUUACCUUGGUUGUCACUAGGCCAAAUAAGAGAUACUCUUGACGCCUUAAUUAUUUUCGAAGCAUGUCGUCAGGGUGUCCUCCCCAGGAUUACCCGUAGAUUGCUAGCGGCGGAACGCGCUAGUCUGCCUGAUCCAACACUGAUCGUCCCGGGGUCGGUAUUUGUAUUUGACGAAUCAGAAUCCGGGAUCUGUCGGUGGACAGAUGGUCGGAUUUGGUCACCCUCAAGGAUUAAUGGCAAUUUCCUUGUUUACAAAGAGCUCUUUCGUAAACUAAGUAACGAGAAAUGCACGAGCACAGCAGACAAGGAGAGGAUGAGGACCGGAUCAGGGCUGACGGACGAGGCUCUCAGAGCCAAAAUAGAGAAAGACAACUUGGUCGUACAAGGGUCUUCGAAGGGGACGUUUGUCCUGAAAAAGAAUGGACUCAUCAAAAAAACUAUCUGUGUACGGGGCGUUAAUGCGCUAUCGCUGCAAGAGCUCAAGGAUCGCUAUGAACGCUCGACUCAGUCUUGUUCGAAUGCAUGUUCCCGAAGAAUUUCGAGUCCACAUUUCUCUGUGACAGGGACUCAACAUCUUGUGUGCUAUGAGAGGGAAGGUAGGCUGUGA